AUGUCAAUUUGUCAGGCUACAAUUAAACUGUACGUUACAAGAGAUCGUCAGAAAUUGAGAAUAUAUGAAGUAAAUCUCAAUCAUCAGAACCACGAUGGUUCAGAGAUUUUUUUUUCUCAUCUUCCCGAAAACCGAAAAUUAUCUCCAAAGACGACUAAAGAAGUUGCAGAUCAAUUAAAACUAAAACCGAAUAAAAAAUUUCUUCAAGAUAAAAUAAUUAGAGAAACUGGAAAAUUUCCAACAAUCAAAGAUUUACAAAAUUUAAAUGCAAAUAAAAUAAACCGUAAUCAUAACGGCAAUGAUUUGAAAGAAGCUAAAAAACUUUUGGAACAAAAAGGUGCUGACGUUCAUAUUUUAAGUGAUGGUACCGACUUCCAUGGACUAUAUUUUUCUACCAACGACAUGAAAAAUUCAAUGAAAGCUUGGCCAGAAGUAGUAUUUAUGGACGGAACUUAUAAUCUUCUUGAUUCCAAAUUAACGACGAUGAUACUGAUGGUAGAAGACUCAAAUGGUAUAAGUGAAAUUGUUGCGAUUGGGUUACUUGCUAAUGAAAAGUACGAAACAAUAAAGUGGUACUUAGAAACUUUUCUACAAAACAAUCAGGAAGCUUGUACACGCAUGAAAUGCGUGAUGACUGAUAAGGACCUUGUAGUAAGGAAAGCCAUCAAAGAAGUUUUCCCUCAUGUUUCUCUGUAUCUUUGUUUAUUUCAUACAUUGAAAUCAUUCUCAAAGCAAAUAAAAACCAAAGAAAUGCAUAUUACAGGCGAGGAUAAAGAUAAGUGCUUAAGUAUUUUACAAAGUUUAGCUUACAGCUCGUCUCCUGAAGAGUACGAUAAAAUUUACGCAAAAUUUUGUGAACAAGCACCCACCUCUGUUAUCGAUUAUUUUAAUAAAAACUGGCACAACAUUCGUGACGAAUGGACCUCUUAUAGCAUGGUAAAUGGAAAUCUCGAUAAUAAAACUAAUAAUCGGUUAGAAAAUUUAAAUGGUAAAUUAAAACAAGUUCUCGGAAGAGAAAAUACUCUAAUUGAAUUUAUUAAUUCGUUUUUUAUUUGGGAUAGAAGCCACAAUAUUGCAUCCGCAACUAAAGCUAUGAAAAAUUUUUACACAAAACCCUCUGUUAAUAACUACAGCCCUUGUGAGCAAUUGUAUUCUGAAAUUCUUACAAACAAAGCUUUCGAGUAUGUACAAAAGGAGCUUAAGGCUGCGGACUUUGUAACUAUUUUACACAGUGAUCUUCAUACCCAUCAUUGCACAAUAUAA